AUGAAGGCAUCGAUCUUGCCGGUCUUUGUCGCCGCUACCCUGAUAAGUGCUGUCGCGGGUCAAGAUUACUUCUUUAUUGAGGGCCAGGAUACCCCUCUGAUCGGAUACAGCUCGGAUAUCUAUGUGCAGCGAGACGACAACAACUGCACAACCAUCAUUAACAACUACAACCAUCUGGUCCACAAGCCCAAAUACGUGGUGGGAGUCUUCUCGAGCGAAGGAGAUGAUAUUGCGUUUCGAAACUACAAUCUGACGUUUGGUCAGUACCUGACCGCCACGGCGGGCCAAAAGAUUGAUCCUCCGGUCGAGUUUGACAUGGUCGCAGGUAGCAUGACGCAGCUCGCGGAGAUGGAAACGGAGACCAGAAACAGAUUGGAUAAUAUAAUCAAAAAUUUAGGGCAGUCUAACCAGCAAAAAAAUGAUUAUCCUAAUAUGAUAAUGGACCACGAGGAUAACGAGAACAACCAUCUUGUCCGGUCAUUUUCCGGGGGAGUCGGGGAAUGA